ACGUAAUUACAGGCGUCGUCGCGGUUUUAUGACGUCUGUGUUUUGGUGCGAAGAUGGCUGAACGUGAAGCGUUACAAAGAGAAAUAGAGGAAUUGCAAAACCUCAUUAAUGACUAUAAAAGUAAUCAUGGCGACGUUCCCUCAAGUUCUACGCAGUGGGGUCAUGGCAGACAUGGUUCAAGGAGGGGCCGGGGUCAGAGUCGGGGUCAUUCCUCACACUACACACAGUCAUAUUCAUCACUGCCACAACCGUAUGUGCCUCAUUCUUCCAGCAGCUGGAGGAAAACAUACUCCCUUAACAACAAGACCAACAGGACAGUUCGGAGCCUUGCGUCUCGUCCAGCUGUGGACCAUCUGAACCAGCCUCACCAUCACAUCACCACAUCUGGAGAUGCCGCUACUGGAAAAAGUGCUGGACCUUUUGUAAACAGCAGUGUUUCAUUUAAAAGGUUGAAAGCUGAACAAAUCACGGAUAAAUCUACAACAUCUUCAAUUAAUGUCCAAAGUGAGACUUCAAAGGAGAGGAAAAGUGAAGCAAGUGAAAAAAGGACUGUGCUUAUACCUUCAACAGGAAAAAACGAUCUUGGCUGCUCAUCUGCCAGCACACUAACUGAAUUUGCUUCAACAUCAAACGCUGAAAUGAAGAUAAAUCCCACUUUGAAAUUGUCCUCAUCUGCGAACGAUCACUCUAUCCCUCUAUCUGUCAAACCUUCAGCUCCAGUUCAAGUCAACCUUUCUACUGCUGCCUUAUCCAACAGGACUGUUGUAAUGCCAACAGCCAAUAGAGAUUGUACCACGACUUCAUCUGCCUCUAACCUUCAGUCUCAGGCUUCCUUGAGUACCACAAAGCUUCAGCUUAAGCAAGACUCAGCUCAGACAUGUGUAGCCUCUCCAUGUCAUAAGAAAUCUCGGUUUACUUGGGUGAAAAACCAAGAGAUGGCAAACAUAAAAAGCACACCUAAGCCAGUGACCUCUGGAUCCUCUCCUGGCACAGCCACCGUAAGACGAGUUUCCAGUUCCAAUAAGAAGGUGUCUAGCAAGCCUAAUCUUUCCCUCGGAGCUCCUAAGACCUCAAAGUACACUUGGGUGUCUUCCUCUUGCUCCUCGUCAACAGCUGGAAAAGCAAACGCCUCAACAAAUAUGCCACGCAAGCCCCUUUCACCCAAAACUCUUAAAGUCCCUGUAAGAACAUCUCAAGGUGGACUGGAGGUACCAAUGAAAGAAAAGAGAUGUGGCACAACUUCAUCAAAAAAGUAUAAAGCUACAGGUUCCUCCGCAUCCCAUGCUGACCAUGCUAACAAAUAUCGCUGGAAAAGUGCAACAGCAAAUACAUCUAGCUCAAUUUCUAAAACUACCCAUAAGGGCACGGUCUAUCGAUGGACAGCUAACAAGAGUAGUCAAAAAGGGGAAAAAGUAUCUGUUCUGUCCUCAAACUCCACCUACAUGAACCCUAAUACCACCCCACUGUCAGCUGGUGCUUUCAAGCUCAGGAGUCGUACCAAGAUCAUCAGAAGAUCUGCUAGCAGUCCCUGCUUAGAGAGAAGAUGCAGCCCCAUCGUGCAGACUGUAAGGAGCCGGUAUUCUUUGCAGAGAAGGACACAUGCACAGGUGAAGACUCCAACCAAUGCCAGGCGAACAGGGUCAAAAGUGCUGGUUUCGUUCGGCAGACACAAGCUCCGUCGUCUCUCUCUCACCUCCACCUCACUUGGGACCUCAAGAUCAGGUCAGUUACUAUGACUGCACAUUCACAGAAUGCUUUG